UUGUUAUUAGCAUUAUCAUCAUUGUCGUCUUCAUUAUCAUUGAUAUAUUGUUAUUAUUAUUAUUAUUAUUAUUAUUAUUAUUAUUAUUAUUAUAUUUAUUAUUAUUAUUAUUAUCAUUAUUUAUGUUAAUAGUACGAAUUACUGUCCCACUUGUUUAGCUUUCACGAUCACCUAGAAUCAUCCCUUUAAAGCAUCAUUAUUGUCAUCGGUAAUCAUCGCGAAUGCGUUGUCAACUGUAGACAACUUAACAGCCUUUUAAAUGAAAGAUCAAACUUCUCAUGCUUCUAUUUUAUAUCACCGUGAAGAGUUGUAUAAGGCGACGUUUUAAAAUUAAGAUUAUGCACACCACAACAUCUUGUAUUUUAACUCGAGUAAUAUAAAGAUGUAACAUGUAUGUCUACCAUCUUUCCAGUGUCUCUUCAAAACCGAACACAUGCUCCCUGCUGUUAGAAAAGAUAAAAAAGAAAAGAUAGAAAGAAAAAAAGAAAAAAAGAAAAAAGAAAAAAAAGAAAAAACUAUUAAUUGACGAAGAAAUUUAUAAAAGCAAUUAUAUAUAUAUAUAUAUAUAUAUAUAUAUAUAUAUUGAUGAAUUCAUAUGAUCGUUUCUAAUAAAAAGUAUAUAUGUAUGCGGAGGAGCGCGUGUGUCCUCGUAAAGUUCAUUAUUGCAUAGUUUUAUUUAUUAAUUGCUUGUUCUUUUUAUUUAUUUAUUUAUUUAUUUAUUUAUUUUGUAUCAUUGCACCAAUUACAUUCUAAUUAAGCCCUUUAUCACAUAGAAUUUUUAAUGUACUAGAUAUUUAAGAGUCUCUUUGUAAAGGAAUGUACAAAAAAAAUAAGUGCGCACGUAUGUCCGCCAUCGCUUGUAUGAUACAUAUAUCGAAAAAAAUAUUUUCAUUGUUUCGUUUUAAAUAAUAUUUAAAAAUUUUUAUUUUCUAUCGUUUCGAAAUAAUGAGCGACGUAUUCUUUACGACGUUUACGUCGUAUUAUUUAAUUAAAUAUUUUAUCUUAGGAAAAAUAAUAAUUAAACGUAUAUUACUUAUCGAUCGUACUUUACGUUUGCAAAUGUAAAUUAAAGGAUAAAAUGUUUAUAGAAUGUCAUCGCUAGGCGUCGCUGUUAAUACAUUUUAGUCUUCGAUGAUGGCGCUACGAUCGCAAUUAAAUUCAAAUUACUCGUGCUUCGUACUACAAGAUGUUUCUUAUUUUAAGAUGAUGUUAAAACUCGCGUUUACACGUGAUUCUUAUAUCUUAUUUAUUUAACAAAAAUGUUAAAUAUAUAUAUACAUAUAGAUAUAUAUAUAUAUAUAUCUCGUGUAUUUAGACAAGCAUAAUAUUUAAUGCGAUGUAGCAUUUUUAUUAGGAAAUAUUUCUAUAAAAACAUAACCUCUACCUAUUAGUUAUUAUGUUCCGUAAACACAUAUACAAAGUUUUAAGUGUGUUAGGAGUUACAUUACAGUAUGCAUGCAUCACACACUGUGCGUUUGAGUACAUCGGAGAGUUUGUAGUGUGUUCAGGUCCAUCUAUGGAGCCAACGAUACAUAGCAAAGAUAUAUUAAUUACAGAACAUAUAAGUACAAGAUUAAGAUGGUAUAAGAAAGGUGAUAUAAUCAUUUCCAUAUGUCCUUCCAAUCCUAGACAACAUAUUUGUAAGAGACUUGUAGGUUUACCUGGAGACAGUAUAAGACAUGGAUUUACCACUCAUAUUGUACCAAUUGGGCACGUUUGGCUAGAAGGAGAUAAUAGCGGUAAUUCUACGGAUUCACGAAUCUACGGGCCAGUACCACAAGGAUUACUUCGUGGUCGUGCAAUAUGUAAAAUAUGGCCGUUGUCCGACAUAGCACUUUUUACGAAAUUCAAAAAAAAGAAUGAAAAAAGAGAGAGAGGGAGAGAGAGGUGUGAAAAUAAUGUGAAAUGAUUGUAGAGAUUGAAUUUAAUCGUCAAAGAAAAAUUUUAAUAUCAAUGAUUUACUGAACUAUAGGAUUUAGGAAUAUUAUUGACAUUUAUAGUGGCACGAAGAAGAAAAAGAUUUAUAUUGGUACGAUGUGAAUUAUACUUACUAAUGUCCUAUACGCACCAUUGGCUGUGCUAUCAGGCGCGAAUCAAUGAGGAGAAAUGCCUCUAGAAGUUAUUGGAUAUAAGCACAUACUUCUCAAAUGGAUCGUUCAAAGUGUCAGAUGCAGUAGAAGUUGGACGUACCUCACUCGCGCGAGGAUUGUAAAAAUGUAGGAAUAUCGAUGAGAGUGUAGCCCACCCGGGGAGAGUGUCAUAUUUUUAUGACGUAUUUAGCACCUCGAACUUUGACUCUAUCACGAUAACAGUUUUAUUCAUCGUUCGUGUAAGAAUUGAUUUGUAAUAUCAAUCCUUUGUACACAUACAUAUACAUACGCACGCGUGCGCGCGUAUACGCGUAAACGUGUUAAAAAAAAGUGUGUGCGUGUUAUAAAAAAAAAAAAAAAAAAAAAAUAAAAAAUAAAAAAAAAAUAAAAAAAAAAAGAAGACAUAAAAAUAAUUAACUUAUGUAUAAUAAAUGAAAUAUAAUAUAAAAGUAUUAAAUGUAUCGAUGAUAACAGUUAAAUGUAAUACAAUAGAUUCUACAUAUUGAAUUACAAA